CUAUAUGUAAACUAAACUGCCCAUCUACAAAACGAAGGAAAACGGAUGAACACGGCCGAAAUGGAGAACAAUCCGGCACCGGCGCCGACACCGCUGAAACACCUAACGUCGCAAGAAUGGGAGCUCUUAAUCGACGACCAUCAAUACGGUGGAUCCCGCCGUGAACGUUGGAUCACGUUGAACUACACUGGUUUCCCUCUUGUCGACCUCGCUCUCUCCUCCAUCAUCCGCAAAGACCUCCCACUCAACCUCAAGCUCCACCUCAUCGUCUUCCUUGAAGAAUACCUUAUUACUUUCUUUCCCUUGCCGGAAUCCAAUUCAGAAACCGAACAAACCCUAAUUCGGUUCCUCGAAACACUGCGCUCCGUCAUCAAUUCUCCAGUCGAUGGCAUUUCAAUCACUUAUUCUCUCAAAGAACAGUUACUCGUAUCAACUACAUCUAUAUUCAUCUUGUUUACCAUUGAUAACACUGAUGAUAGUAAAACCCCUAAUUUUACUUAUACUAGUCAACUCGAGGGUUUGAUCGAUGUGCUGUUGACGGUGGUGAACCGCCCGAACCAUGGAAUAGACCGACAACUACGCGGUGCUGCAUGCGAGUGUUUGAGAGAAUUAGAGAGAGAAUGCCCUAGUUUGUUAUCAGAAAUUGCUGGGCAUUUAUGGGGAUUAUGUCAAAGUGAGAAAACUCAUGUCGCUCAAAGCUAUGUGUUGAUGCUAGCAAACGUGGUUCAUGGUAUAGUGAUUUCGAAGGUAAACGUUUCAAUGCUUAGUACUUCAAUUCCGUUGACACCAUUUAAUGUUCCUCUGUUUUUGACUGGGGGAGGUUCGGCGAGAGAAAAUUCUGGUUUAGCGGUUAAGGAAUUGAGGAGGGUAAUGUCUUUCUUACUUGAGUGGCCUCAAUAUUUGACUCCAUUUGGAUUAUUUGAGUUCAUGUCCAUUAUAAUGCCGGUGGCAGUGGCAUUGGAGUUGCAGGCUUCUUUGUUGAAGGUACAGUUUUCUGGGUUGCUUUAUACAUUCGAUAUGCUGCUCUGCCAUGCAUUCCUAGGGAUGUAUUUACAAUUUCCGGAAGCAUUUAAUGGACAAGAAAAUGAAGUUGUCAGUCGUCUUUUGCUAAUUUCAAGGGAAACACAACAUGUUUUGGUUUUUAGAUUGCUUGCACUUCAUUGGCUAUUGGGCUUCUUGGGAUUGGUGAUGUCAAAGAGAAAGGUCAUCAAAGAGAAGAUUUUUGCGACAGCUUUGCGAUUUUAUCCGACUGUAUUCGACCCCCUUUCUUUAAAAGCUUUGAAGCUCGACUUGAUUGCAUAUUGCUCAAUAUUACUUGACAUGUCUAGAUUGGCCGAUGCAAAUGGUCAAAUGGUUUCAGAUGUAGGCAACUCUGAAGUGCCUGUGGUGAAGCUAUUUGAAGAUGGUCUUGAGUCUGUAUCCGGUUUCAAGUGGUUGCCACCAUGGAGCACAGAAACUUCAGUCGCCUUUCGCACCUUCCAUAAACUUUUGAUAGGUGCCUCUUCUCAUUCUGAUACUGAUUCUCCCACCAGAGAUCUCAUGGAGUCUAAAAUCUUCCAUGCUUCAGAGACGAUGCUAGUAACAAUGACCUUAGAGUCUCAGGGAUUGAUUCCUGUCAUCGUAGCUUUCGUCAACCGCUUGCUAGGGUGUUCUAAGCACCGCUGUUUUGGAGUGCGCUUGCUUCAGACAUUUGACAAUCAUUUGCUUCCAAAGGUUAAUGUUGACAGACUGGGAUCUUAUUUCCCACUCUUUGGCAAAAUUGCUGAAAGUGAUACAGUUCCACCAGGUGGAUUGCUAGAUCUGCUUGGUAGAUACAUGAGUAUUCUAGUUGAAAAACAUGGUCCAGAGACAGGAUUGAGAUCAUGGUCUCAAGGAAGUAAAGUUCUCGUUCUUUGUCGAACAAUACUGAUGCACCACCAGAGCUCUAGAGUCUUUCUCGGAUUAUCUCGUCUCCUAGCAUUCACUUGCCUUCAUUUUCCAGAUCUGGAGGUCCGUGAUAAUGCAAGAAUAUAUUUGCGGAUGCUGCUCUGUGUACCCGGAAAGAAGCUCAGACACUUGCUGAGUACUGGGGAUCAACUUCCUGGUAUUUCACCAUCUUCUCACUCCAGCUCGUUCUUCAGUGUUCAGUCUCCUCGAUUUUCUUAUGAUUCUAAGAAAUCGAAGGAAAUUUCAUCCUACAUCCACCUUGAGCGAGUAGUACCGCUAUUGGUCAAACAAUCUUGGUCCUUGUCUUUGACUUCAUUUGGCAUUGGUGGUGACAAGCCCCGUUAUCUGGAAGUCAUCAAGGACAGCGACACCCCAUCAGCGCAACCAGACACAGCAGAUGGUAAUAUUGAUUUCCCGAUUAUCCCUGCAAUUGAAGGACCCAGUGAACCUCUGCGUGUGACAGAUUCAAAGAUUUCCGAGAUCGUUGGAAUAUUAAGGAGACAUUUUUCAUUAAUUCCUGAUUUCAGACACAUGGCAGGUAUUAAAAUUGGAAUAUCCUGUACCUUGAGCUUCCAAUCCUUACCUUUUAAUCGAGUAUGGGGAGAUAACUCGCUUGCUAAUGGAUCUUCUGGGGUUGAUGUCCUUCCUGCAUUAUAUGCUACUGUGCUCAAGUUUUCUUCCUCAGCACCAUAUGGGUCUAUUCAACCUUAUCGCAUACCGUUUCUUCUCGGGGAACCUGGAAAAAACGAUAUACCUUCCACUCAAAUCGAUUCCCUAGAUAUUGUUCCUGUGGGCAACAGUCCUGAAGAAGAAGAAGAUGAUGAAAACUUCAAAGCUCCAGUUCUGAUUGAAUUGCAACCGAGAGAACCAUCACCAGGGCUUAUUGAUGUCUCCAUAGAAGCAAAUGCCGAAAAUGGUCAGAUCAUUUGUGGUCAUCUUCAGAGCAUUACUGUUGGUAUUGAGGACAUGUUUCUUAAAGCUCUUGUUCCUGACGACAUUACUGACGAUGCAGUUCCAGGAUAUUUCGUAGAUUUGUUUAAUGCUUUAUGGGAAGCAUGUGGCAGUUCAUCCAGCACUGGGAGAGAGACCUUUCCGUUAAAAGGAGGUAAAGGCGUUGCAGCUGUCAACGGAACACAAUCCGUCAAGUUUCUUGAUGUUCCUGCAACUUCGUUAGUUCGAGCUGUUGAAAGGAACUUGGCGCCUUUUCUUGUUAACGUGAUUGGUGAUACGCUCAUUAAUAUUGUCAAAGAUGGAGGUAUCAUAAAGGACAUCAUUUGGAACGAUGAUACUUCAGGUUCUUCUCUUGAUGUCGUCCCUUUGGACUCAGAUAUGAUCGAGGGCCCACUUUAUCUCAAGUACGAUGAGGAAGAAGAUGACAGAGGGAAUAAUCUUCAUCUCACUAAAGGAAACAUUGGUUGCUUUCAUAUUUUGAUAUUCCUUCCUCCAACAUCUCAUCUUCUUUUUCAAAUGGAAGUUGGGAUUGACUCAACCCUAGUUCGCAUCCGAACGGAUCAUUGGCCGUGCCUUGCUUAUAUUGAUGAUUAUUUGGAAGCUCUGUUUCUUGCUUAGAGGUAACCUUUUCUAACAAAUAUCUUUUCUUUUAUCCUAUGGCUUUCUGGUGAUAAUUUGUUGGCAGUUUGAAAUGAUUUUCACGGCAAAUGUUCUUAAGCCCUGAUGAUUGAUCAAACAAUUAGUUUGGAUCGAUCAUUAUUUUUUCUCAAAAUUGCUACUCAAAUCUUUAUCGAGUAAAGAUGAAUUCUGGUUUCUUAGGGAUCUUGAAGAAAUGAGUGGUUUUUCCGUUUGCGGCAUGAAAGUUAUGGGUUGGAUCAUGGGUGCUUUGUGAAGCCGAAGGACAAGGCUGUGUACAAUGACAUUUUUCGCAAAGCCAAGAUUAGUGAUCUUGGUGCAACUUGAACCGGACUCGGACGUAAAAAUGGUGUUGUAGGUUGUUCUUUAAACCAGAAAAGUUGAGCUGUUUUGCAUAGAUAAAUAGGUGUUAUAGAAGGUGGUGUUGCUAGAUAUGGAGAAAACAGGUGUGGAAAGUAGUGAUACAGGGGUUGAAGGUUAUCCAUUUGUUAUUGUCGUUUCAUCUGGCUUCAUGAAAGUUGCAAUAAUUUUGCCAAAAAUUUUAUUGAAGUUAAUGUAAAUGCCUAUUUUUGUC